UAGACCAUCUCAAUCAAUGUCCACAAUUUCAUCGAUAUCGGGCAAACCACAAAAAGUGUCAGCAUCUAUGAACGUAAGGCCAAACUAUUCGUCGAGGCAGCCCACACAACCUCCAAGGCACAGCAUAAGGCCAAUGAGUACAGAUGCCUUCUCGCUUUCCAAUAGUAUAUUAGCUCCGUAUACGAAACCAGAGAAACAGCCCAGUACAGAAGUAGUCAACCUAAAUCAGAACUCAAUCCAGAGCGACAGCAAACCGGGCACGGGCUGGCAGUUCACCACCGAGCCGGGAUUUGUAACGAGAAAUAAGAAACCGACUAGUUUCAAGCCGAAGCCAAAUAAACCAACGAAGAAGCCGCUGCCGAACAGCAGUAAAUAUCCAACGAAGCCGGUUAAGUCUACGACUGAAAAGUAA